AUGUCAGACAGGCGUGUUCCCUUCUCAUCAACUGAUGAAGCCAGUGUAGCUUCUUCUCCUCGUGCUGAAGAUGAACAAGAGCGAGUGCAGAAGAAAACAUUUACAAAUUGGAUGAAUACAUAUUUAUGUCAGAAUCUCUUUGAAGAUGUGAAAGAUGGGACAGUGCUUUUAUCACUGUUGGAAGUUCUUUCAGGAGAAAAACUU